CUCUUUUGCCCCAGUAGCCUACAGUUUCUCCGUGAUACCUUCUUGUCCCUUAUAGGUCUGCCGGUAGAGCAAGAAUGACCCCCAUCGACUUUCGCAUGACUCAACCGUCCAAAGCUCCCUUGAUUUGAGAUCUCUAGCCGUUAAUAGUCAGUAUCGGCCGGAUCAAAUCAGGACGGAGCUUGACAUUUUCUUCAGAUUCCGCGACGACAAGAUUCAUCAGCCAGCAGAUGAAUUGUAAUAGUUGGUUAUGAGCCAUCUAUUCCGCGUGUUACAAAUAUGCUGUGAGGCUUUACUCCGUCUGACCAAUAAGCUCAUAAUUUCCAUAUCCUCAAUAUGGCCAAUGAGAAGGAUGGAAUAGUAUCGAAAUGGCAAGGGUUCGGACCUGUAGACUUGAUGAAUAUAUAUACAUACGACAUGAUGGCCCUGAUACCCAUGAUUAGCAUCCUGCUUUCACGCAUAAAUUGUUAAUCUUGCGAGGUUCCCAGUUGUCUUCUGCUAUCUCCAAAAACUCCACAUUUGUUUCACUUUCCCUCGAAGCCUCCACCCAUUAUAUCAACAGUUGCAUCCUUACCUGUGUGAAACUAAUCGUUAGACGAGAAUGGUUAUGCAGCUUGAUCUCCCCAGUGCCUUGAAGGUAUCCGUCGAGUCGUCAAAGGAGUAAUACAAACAGCUGGGCAAAUCGGGGCUGCGGGUGUCAGUUCCGAUUUUCGGGUCUAUGAGCUUAGGGGGCUCAAAGUGGAGCGAGGGGGUGAAAGAUGACGAGCAGUGGGAUACUGCUGGGUUGUACUCGAAUGGAAGAGCAGAGGAAAUGAUCGGAAAAGCUAUUCGAAAAUAUGACAUUCCGAGGCACAAGCUGGUUAUCAUGAGCAAAUGCUGGGCCCCUGUGAGCGAACACGACGAUGUGUUUAUCCCUCCCUACUGGGGAGGCCUCCCCAAGAGUAAAGACUAUGUUAAUCAAUUUAGUCUCUCGCGGCGGGCGAUCUUCAAUUCUGUCGAGGCAUCUCUAAAGAGAAUUGGAACAGACUACCUUGAUCUCCUCAUGGUGCACCGUGGGCAUGUCAUCCAAUAA